UCGCUCCCUGUCCCUCUCCCGGUCCGGGCGGGCGCGGCGGGGCCAGCAGCGCAGGGCUGUGUCCCCAUGGCGCUGGCGGCCGCCCGAACGCGGGCUCUGCGCUCCCUGGUUCUCCCGCUCCCCCCGGGCCGGGUGCCGGUGGCCGCCCGGUGCCGCUGCAGCCAUGCGGGGGAUCCCGGGGCUCUGCCGCCCGGUGGGUACCGGGCCUGGCGGGAUCGGGCGGUCCGCGACCCCGCCGGCUUCUGGGCGGACGUGGCGCGGGGGUGGCUGCGCUGGGACAGUCCCUUCCACACGGCCUGCCAGCCCGGAGAGCCCGCCGGUUCGGCCCGCUGGUUCCUCGGCGGCCGUCUCAAUGUCUCCGUGAAUUGCUUGGAUCAGCAUGUCGAAAAGUCUCCAGACAGAGUGGCUUUGAUUUGGGAGAGAGAUGAACCUGGCACUGCAGUGCAUGUCACAUACAGGGAACUUCUGGAGCUGACCUGCCGCCUUGCCAACACCCUGAAGAAAUAUGGGAUCCAGAAGGGGGACAGGGUGGCCAUCUACAUGUCAGUGUCCCCCUUGGCGGUGGCAGCCAUGCUGGCCUGUGCCAGGAUCGGCGCCGUUCACACCGUGGUCUUCGCUGGAUUCAGCGCMGAGUCCUUGGCUGGGAGAAUCCUGGACUCUGGCUGCAAAGCAGUUAUCACCUACAACCAGGGAGUCAGGGGAGGCCGAAUUGUGGAGCUGAAGACAACUGUGGAUGAAGCUGUGAAGAACUGUCCAAGCAUCCAACACGUGUUUGUGGCUCAGAGGACAGAUARCAAAGUCCAGAUGGGUGACCGUGAUAUUCCCCUUGAAGAGGAGAUGACCAAGGCAGAUUCCAUCUGUGCUCCAGAGAGCAUGGACAGUGAAGACACACUCUUCAUGCUCUACACCUCGGGCAGCACUGGGAAACCCAAAGGAAUUGUGCACACCCAGGCUGGAUACCUGCUCUACGCUGCUCUCACACACAAGUAUGUGUUUGACUACCAGCAAGGAGAUGUUUUUGGCUGUGUGGCCGACAUUGGCUGGAUCACAGGACAUAGCUAUGUUGUGUAUGGACCACUCUGCAAUGGAGCCACCUCUGUCCUGUUUGAAAGCACUCCAGUGUACCCUGACCCAGGUCGUUACUGGGAAGUGGUGGAAAGGUUGAAAAUUAAUCAGUUUUAUGGAGCACCUACGGCGAUACGCCUGCURCUGAAUUAUGGAGACGAGUGGGUGAAGAAAUAUGACAGAUCUUCCUUGAGGAUUCUGGGUUCAGUGGGAGAGCCCAUCAACAAGGAGGCUUGGCARUGGUUCUACCAGGUGGUGGGAGAAGGGCGCUGUACCCUCGUGGACACGUGGUGGCAGACAGAAACUGGUGGUAUCUGCAUUGCCCCACGGCCCUCAGAGGAGAAAGCUGAGAUCAUUCCAGCUAUGGCCAUGAGACCUUUCUUUGGCAUUGUGCCUGUGCUGAUGGAUGAGAACGGAGAGGUUAUAGAGGGCAAUGACGYGUCUGGUGCCCUGUGCAUUGCCCACCCUUGGCCUGGCAUGGCAAGAACAAUCUAUGGAGAUCACCAGCGAUUUAUUGAUGCCUAUUUCAAACCCUACCCAGGUUACUACUUCACAGGGGAUGGUGCUUACAGGACCCAGCAAGGCCAUUACCAGAUCACRGGGCGCGUGGACGACAUCAUCAACAUCAGUGGGCACCGGCUGGGCACGGCAGAAAUCGAAGAUGCAAUGGCUGACCACCCUGAGGUCCCUGAGACAGCUGUGGUCGGGUACCCACAUAAGAUCAAAGGAGAAGGUGCCUUUGCUUUCAUAGUGCUAAAGGAGCAGACAGCUCAUGCAGACAGUAUCAAAGAAGAGCUCAAAACCAUUGUGGCAUCCAAGAUAGCAAAGUAUGCUGUGCCUGACCACAUUCUGGUGGUAAAGCGCCUCCCUAAAACCCGAUCAGGGAAGAUCAUGAGAAGGCUGCUGAGGAAAGUAGUYGCUGAACAGUCAAGCAACAUGGGAGAUGUCACCACACUUGAUGAUCCAAGUGUUGUCAAGGAGAUCCUGGAUGCUUACCAGAAGUACAAGGAGAAGAGUUCCUCAUAACAGGCGGCUCUGGAAUUUCACUCCUUCAGAAAUGUGGAAGGUCUCAAAUAACCAGGCAAACAGCAUAGUUCUCUCUUGGUGUGUUUAAAAAAAAACUGUUUCCUUCUAGGGGAACAAGAUUUUCCACUCCACAACAUAAUUGGAGAUGUGCAGGGCUAGGAGCAGUCUGCAGUUUUCCACAGUCAGUGAGCUCCUUUUCCUUGCUCUCCAGGCUGUUGUAGAGCAGCCAUUGGUGGUUUCCAUGGGUUGUGCUGAAACUUAACACAAGAUACAGAUGUUAAUGUUCCUCAUUUUAACRUUACUGUACAGGGAAAUGUUUUUUAUACAAUACUUCUUGCUGUUUUAAAAGAAGUYCUGGCAAACACUUCUUCAAUCUUUCCUUCAGCUUGGAUAUCUGAGUCCAAGCUGCUGUUUUUGACUGCAACUGCGGUGCCUUUUCAGCAAUGCUGAGUAUUCUAUUAAAUGUUUCAUAUGCAUUAUUAGGGAAAUGAGAAGGACAUGGUUARUCUGACAAUUCUUCCUUGACUUUACCCAGUUAUUCUAAUAUCUCCUUUGGCUUUCCUCCUAUGGAUUUGUUCCUACCACCGUGUGUCCUGGGAUUUUGAGAGUCGGUGAGCCUGUGACCCUUCAUGUCCCAUCACAGUAACCCAGCACCAGCACUUCCAGCUACAAAAAGGAGCCACAAAGCCCACGACUGGACUUCCCAUGUGUCCUCAGUGCUUUGCUGCCAUGUUGAUUUUCCAAAGAGUCAAGUGCCAUGUGGGUACCCACAGACUGCACAGCCCACCAAAAAAGGUGCCUCUUAGAUGCUUUGUGGAAAGCGAUAGUGGCAUUUUAAACCAGCAACCUCAGAAUAGCAGGGAAGAACAGCCUUUGUCUUUUCAAUCUUUUCAAAAUUGCAACUAAUAUAGCCAGUGUUUUAUUUCUAGACUCAUUUUAUCAUGAACACAUUGCAGUUGAAGCACUUCUUAUAUUUGGGCUGUACAGAAGAAAUUGCUUGUAGGGUUACUUAUUCCCGAAUUUAAUUGGAGUAACACUGCAUUUUAAAAAAAUUUGAAUUCUUUUAAAUGUCUCUAGGGAUUGAGUAAUACAGUAAGAAAUAUCAUGCUUUGUUAAAUAACCCAUCCUUCUGACUGAAAACCAUUUUUACAUAAGGUAAGUAUAGACACCCUGUGGACUGUCUGGGAAAUUGAAGAUCAGAAGUUUUGAAGAUUUGAUAGAGUUGGAUAUUUAAUAUUUUAGGAGAUARACACUACUUUAUUGUCAUUGCAAAAGAAAAAAAAAACAACCCACUUCCUUAAGUAAUUCUCAAGUGGGAAGCAGACAAGAGUUAAUGUUUUUGACAGAAAAAGCAGACUCCCUUGUUUAAACAAGUUGUCUCCACGCAGACUGAAAUAACAGUGUGGAGGAAGAAAAAUUACUUUUGAACAAGAUUACACACUUUCCUUUUGGUCAAGAAAGCAUUCCUUAUAUUAUAGACUUAGAUUUUCCUUGUGUUAUUGACCUGAAAUUUCCAUGUGAGUUGUCCCAGUGGUCAUAGAACCAUGGUUUAGUUCAUCUGAACUGUCUCACAAACACUGUCUGUGUGAGGAGCAAUGUGCUUUGGGACAUUGGGACAUUUGUCAUCCAAUUCCUCUGCUCACCAGGAAGCUGCAGAAGCACAAUAAAUUCACGGCUGUGCUAGAUAUGGUGUAAAUGGGAAGUUGUGGGUGCCCCAUCUCUGAAAAUAUUCAAGGUCAGGCUGGAUGGUUGAGCAGCCUGGUCGAGUGGAAGUGUCCCUGGCCAUGGCAGGGGGAUUGGAACAAGCUGAUCUUUUGAGUCCAUGCCCAGCCCGUGUAAUAGCACCCUGACUCUGCUAAAAACAGAGCUAGGCAGGGCUUGGAAAGAGCACUUCCCAUGAGCAGAAGGAUUCUGUGCAUUAGUGAGUAGCCUACUGAUAGAAAGCUUUAAAUUGAAAAUUGAAAUUUUACAUUUUCCUUCCAGAGUUUAAAUUUUCCGUCCAGAGAAGUCCCCAUUCUUCUUUCUACCCAUUAUUUCUGCUAACUGCAGCAGUUGGCUCUUCGCUGCAAGCCUGAGUUGAGCUUUGCAUUUGCAUCAACAGCAGCACUGGUGUAUGGUGACAGUGCUUUCUACUUCACAUGCAGCAGGCUUGUGGCUCAGGGAGGGAUUCAGCCCACAGAAAUGGCACUGUUUUGUCAGUGCCUGAAAUGCCAGGAAGGAGGAAGUUUCUGAAGGACCCUGGCCCUGUAAGGCUCUAAAGAUGAGCUGAUCUUCACUAAUCAGUGAAGGAGUUAAAUAUCAGUGGGAUUGUGGGACAAACUUGGGGGCAAUGGCUUCAUUUAGAAAAGCAGAGCUGUUGAAUUCUUGUAAACCUUUGUGUGUCCAUGAGUGGUGUAUUCAUCAGAUUGCCUUUGUAGCUUCAUUAAAAGGCACAGAGUCGAUUUUACCUGUUGCCAUUUAUUGCAAAGGGCCACUAUGUGUUUUUUUUUUACCCACCGAGUUUGGCCAGUAAGACCUCGUCAUGCUGCCUUUGUUCCCCACUGGAGACACAGACCAUGAUUUUCCCAAUUUUAUAAAGGGAAAGUUCCAUCUGUCCAGAGGUGUGUUUUGUACAGUCUAAUGUUAAGCCUUUAAUUGAAUUUUGUUUACUUGUAAUCAUGCUUUAAACACAUUUAUUGUCCUUGACCAAAACCAGUGUAUUCAAUAAUCUUAGUAUUCAUAUUUUCAGUAAAGGAAAUACAUGUGAUGGAUUGGCUUUGUAUCACAGGUGUCGGACUUUCUAUUCCCUCCAGGGUCUGGGACUUUCUCAGUUCUCUGAACUUUCAAAGGCAGGCAAAGGARUUUGAGAUCAGGAUGAGUCAUGAUCCAAAUUGAUGUUUUGCUUUGCUCCUUUUCUCUAAACAGUAGCUCACAGGAAAUGAGUUAAUGCCAGAAAACUGCCACUGCAACACAAGUCAAAGUUGAAGAACAUUUGGAUGGCAAUAAGCUGCAUGUCUCGUGUAAAUCCUGAAAUCCCACUGCU